AGGCAACAUGUUAUCAACUCUCAUCAGUCCCAUCAGACACUGGGAUGCUGGAGCAUCAUCUGCUGAGGAUGCAGACAAUUCAAGUACAAGCAGCGUGGAGGUGAAAGAGAAUCAGGAAGAUAAAAGCCAGAUGGACUGUGACCUUCUGCGAAAGUAUCAUCCAUCAACCUUUUGCACAACUUUCCCCAAACACGGCCCGAGAGCUCUAAAGAGGAAGCAGCCGCUGGCGGAUGGAAAAGACCGGCUGCUCCACCAGAGCCCCUUGACUUGUAAAAGAGCAGCCUGGGCCGUCACUCAGAAGAACGCGCUGGUGCAGCUGAACGAGUUGCGACCCGGUCUGCGGUACGAGAUCAUGUCAAAGACUGGCCCGCUGCAUGCUCCGGUGUUCUCCGUAGGCGUGGAGGUAAAUGGUUUCCACUUCGAGGGCAGAGGACCGACAAAAAAGCAGGCCAAGAUGAGGGCUGCAGAGCUGGCUCUCCGCUCAUUCAUCCAGUUCCCAAACGCCUCCCAGGCGCACGCCUCCAUGGGGAAAUUCACCAGCACUCCUGCGGAUUUUACAGCAGAUAAACUGGACAUCCCUGACGCUUUCCUCAAAGAGUUUGACCUGCAUGAAAACUGUGAUUUCCUGCACUGCAGCACGGCAAAAAAGGAGGUUUUCUCCAGCAUUUACAACCACCGACGACUUGUCCGACUCACGCUGGACUUCUCCUCCACUAAUCCCAAAAGACGAGUCCUUAGCACCUCACUUUUAGAGCACCUCAGUCCGGUGGCGCUGCUCAACGAGCUGCGACCAGGACUCAGGUACAUGUGCCUGACGGAGAGAAUUCAUGGCAGGCCAAUUAGGAGUUUUGUUAUGGUGGUUAGGGUGGAGGGGAGGGUGUUUGAAGGGUGUGGUCACAGUAAAAGGCUGGCCAAGGCCCAGGCGGCGGCCGCCGCCCUGCAGUCUGUUUACAACAUAAGUCUGGGACCGGAGAGGAAGAUCACGGGCCUCCAGGGCAGCAGAGCCAAACAUCAGCUACCUCGGUUCUUCGCAGAGUCCAUCUUCCACCUGGUGAGAGAGAAAUACUCCGAGCUGACAGACAGUUGUUUCUCCCGUCACAAGGUCCUGGCAGGGGUCGUAAUGAGCAGAGGAUUUGACCUCAGGUCAGCGCAGGUUGUGUCUCUGGCCACGGGGACUAAGUGUCUGGACUCGGACAACGUCAGCGACCACGGCAGUGCGCUCAGCGACUGCCACGCUGAAGUCGUCAGUCGGAGGGCGCUGGUUCGAUUCCUGUAUGCUCAGCUGGAGUUGCUGCUCUGUAAGCCAGCAGACUGUGAGGAACAAUCCAUCUUCGUACCAAAUAAAGAUGGUGGCGGCGGUGUUGAUGGCAGCGGUGGCCUCCGGCUGCGGGACGGCGUCCUCUUCCACAUGUACGUCAGCUCGUCGCCGUGUGGAGACGCACGACUCAACUGCCCCUACGAGACCACAGCUGCAUAUCCCAGCAGGAGGUUCCACUGUCGCCUCAGGGUGAAGGUGGACGGAGGCGAGGGCACGCUGCCCAUCACAGCGCGGAGAGCCAAUCAGAACUGGGGCGGCGUGGUGCCGGGCAAAUCUCUCGUCACCAUGUCCUGCACUGACAAGAUGGCAAAGUGUCUCAACAGGUGGAGCGUUGUGGGCGUCCAGGGGGCACUGCUGUCUCACCUCGUGGAGCCGGUUUACCUGCACAGCCUGACGGUGGGGACGCUCAGCCACACGGGUCACCUGGGCCGGGCCAUGGCACGCCGCCUGGCGCCCAUCAAGCACCUGCCCUUCCCAUACCGACGACAGCAGCUGCUGCUCGGCUGUCUGAGCAGCAGCGAGGUUCGACCCACAGGGAAGGCCCCGAACGUCAGUGUGAACUGGAGCUGCGGUGACGGAGGCCUGGAGGAGAUCAGCACCUCUACAGGAAGGAGGAAGGACUCAGGGACGCUGUCACGGCUCUGCAGGCGCUCCAUGUUCGCCUGCUGGCAGCGGCUGCAGCAGCAGUUGAACGGUGCAGAAGCCACUCCAGCGACAUAUUCUGGUUCCAAACUGUCCGCCGGACGCUACCAAAGGGCGAUGCAGCAGUUUACCAGCGCUCUGCAGGGCGGAGGGCUGGGAACCUGGCUCAGAAAACCUCCAGAACUGGGUCACUUCAACGUCGGUGUGUGAAAAACUGUGUGUUGAAGGCUGAAUGUGAAGAGAGUGAAGUUUGUGAAUGUGCAUGUGGAUGAGGUACAAAGAAUGUGAUGCUAGAUAGAGAAGAAAGUUGUUAAUUCCACCUCCAUUUAUCUCAUGAUUAACUGAUCGGAGAGACAAGUAAAGAAUUCACACAAGUAAAUCAAAUUUUAGGCAAAAGCUGGUGUAGACUUCUUAGUGUGUGUAACGUUAGCUCAAGUUGCAUAAACGCUGCUAACUUCAGCUCUAGAAGAACUAAUGCUAGUUUGUGUGGCUACUUUAAAUCUUAACAACCACAUCACUUAGUAACAUUGAAGAUAUUUCAUGUAAGUUUAACUGAGCGAUAUACAGUGUUUGAGUAACAUUUAACUAAUCACUAACUUGCAAAGAAACAACAGUUAGAGCUGGAUGUGUAAAUGUGAGUUUAGCACUAAUAAAGCAGUGUAACUGUUAUAUCAUACAGACUGUAAUAAUAAUAAUAAUACUUGUCUGAUAUCGGGAACUUCCAUAGCUAUGAUAUCUCCCACCUGGCGAAAAGAACUACAGUAGGUAUCAACAAACUGGUGGCAAGAUGGCUGCAAAAAUCCAAUCAGCUAAUUAAAAGUGGAGCUACACACUGUAUGUGGUUUUAUCUGACGACGUUAAGGCUUAAAGCUGCAGUAGGCAGUAUAUAUUUUUGGCAUCAUUGGGCAAAAAUUCCGUAAUAACCUUUCAGCAUAUUGUGAUUCAAGUGUUCUGAGAGACUUCUGCUCCUCCUCAU